AUGCAUCUAAAAAUUUCCAUAACAUUCGUCUGUCUUGUCUGGUUUGCCGGCGCACUCAAAAUUGACUGCGAUAAGACCGAUACCAUUAACGAGGAUCACAUCCAUCAAUGCUGCAAGCAUCCCGACGGGCACAAUGAUAUCAUUGCCAGCUGCGCCAAGGAGACGGGCUUCAAGGUGCCCAAUCCGAAGGAGCAGGCAAUUGUGGAUCUGACUGCAGGUCGCGCCAUUGCCGGCACCUGCUUCGCGAAGUGCGUCUUCGAAAAGCUGAACAUCAUGAAGGACGAUAAUCUGGACAUGAAUGCAGUGCGCAAGUAUUUGAACGACAAGUACAGCGAUGAUCCGGAGUAUGUCAAGGAAAUGAUAAGCGCCUUUGAUCAUUGUCAUGGCAAAACUGAGGAGAAUACAGCCAAGUUCAUGUCGAAUCAUAUAUUCGUGCAGAUGUCCCAACAUUUCUGCGCGCCCAAGUCCAGUGUGAUCAUGGCCUGUGUCAUAAGACAAUUCUUCCACAAUUGUCCCGCCGAUCGUUGGUCCAAGUCCGCGGAGUGCGAGAACGUAUUGGCCUUUAGUCAGAACUGUCGCGAUUCCUUGGCCACUUUGUAA